AUGUCCCGUUUAAAAAAAUUAUCAUGCAAUGAAUAUUGGAGUACCAAUGAAAUUAUUAGAACAGAUGUCUUUGGUAAACAUAUGACACGGGAUAGAUAUCUCGCAUUACAAAAGGUGCUUCAUUUUAACGACAAAAGAUCAGAGACGUCUAAAAACCUACUAAUAAAAAUUCGUGAACCUUACAACAAACUGCGCGAAACAUUCAAAAAAUCAUUUCGUCCCUUCAAGGACUUACGUAUUGAUGAGAGCCAUAUGCUUUACAAAAGACGAUUGUCGUUUAAACAAUACAAACCCGAGAGGAGUAGGUUUGGAAUAAAAACGUUUGUGUUGUGCGAUUGUAAGACAGGAUAUAUUUUAGAUUUUAUUGUUUAUACCGGCGCUAUUUCUGACGUUGAUACAUUUUCUGAAAAAUUCGGUAGAUCAGGCAACAUUGUGGUAAACUUGCUACAACAGUAUUUAGGAAAGGGUCAUCAAUUGUUUGUCGAUAAUUGGUUCUCAAACCCCGCACUAUUCAAGUUUUUGCACAGUUGUAGUAUAAACUCAUGCGGAACAGUAAGAAAACGAUGCGAAGGUAUUGCGAAAAUGGAAGAAAAAUUAAAAAGUGGAGAAUUAAGUUUUCGAUCAUCGGGUAAUUUGCUUGCACUAAAAUGGCAGAGCAAACACGAAGUUUGGAUGCUAUCCACGAGUCAUUCAGCGGAAUAUCGAAACUCUAGAAAGAUAAAUUAUCGUACAGGUGAAGUCGUACAGAAGCCUACGUGUAUAUUAGAUUACAAUAAAUCAAUGGAAAUGGUUAGUGAAACUAACCGUAUAAUAAGCGCGGUUGCAUGCACAAGGAGAACCUUAAAAUGUUACAAAAGAUUAUUCUUUCAUUUAUUGGAUCUUUCGGUGUGGAAUUCGUAUUGUUUAUAUAAAUUCAAGACCAAAAAGGUUCUGCCAAUGUCCAAAUUUCAUUUAGCAUUAAUUACGGAACUUUUACAAACGUAUCCCCGAUCAAUGGAGACAGCGUCUUCUGUUAGAUCCGAAAGUCUUUUACGUCUUACUGAAAGACAUUUUCCAACUUUGUAUAAAAGUGAUAAAGCUAAUAGAAAAAACCCACUGCGGAGAUGUGUUGUAUGUGCCAAACUUGAUAAAAGACGUUGUUCGAGAUAUUGUUGUAAGCAAUGUAAUGUAGGCUUAUGUAUAGUUCCGUGUUUCGAAAUAUAUCAUACACAACUUUAUUUUUAAAUUUAA